AUGAAAGCAGUUGCAUUUCCAUCUCCAUAUGGUGGUUCUUCCUCUUCUUGUCAACACUACAACUGCAGGGUUGUUAUUUUAAUGGCCAAAGGCAAGAAGUUCCAGCCUUCCUCCUCUUCUCCUAACAAGGGUUCCGAGCCAACUCCUCCAAGAAUCACAUCAAACGUCAAGCAGAAUUUGCAGUUUUUAAAGAUAUGGAAGGAGUUCCAAAAGAGGAAGUCUAGCACACCUAAGCCUUCUACUAGUUACCGCAGAAAGAAGGUGGAGAAGGAAGACCUUCCAGAGGAUACAGAGCUCUACCGCGAUCCUACCUUGACAUCCACUUUUAGGCCUACUGGAAAAGCAUUGCUCUUUGCUCUGCUAACUAUGAUGUACAGUACGAACCAGAUAGUAGACACUGGAGUCCCUGUCUUGCUUGUUGAUGGGUAUAAUGUAUGUGGAUACUGGGCGAAACUGAAGAAACAUUUUAUGAAUGGAAGACUUGAUAUUGCACGCCAAAAGUUAACAGAUGAACUUGUAGCCUUCAGUUUGGCCAGAGACGUGAAAGUGGUGGUUGUCUUUGAUGCAAUGAUGUCAGGGCUGCCUACGCACAAGGAAAAUUUUGCUGGUGUCGACAUAGUUUUCACAGGUGAAUCUUGUGCUGAUGCAUGGAUUGAAAAAGAGAGGCUAGGAUUUUCUUAUCAUAGUGUACGCCGCAAGGAAAAUCUUAAACUGUGUUUUCCUGUAUCUGCUUGUGAGGCAGAUAUUCUGAGUAAAAUUAAUGUGGUUGCCCUUGUUAUGCCAUUAUUUGUUUGGAGACUGGUGGUUGUUGCCUUGAAGGAAGAUGGAUGUCCAAAAGUGUGGGUUGUGACUUCUGAUCAUAUUCAGCAGCAUGCGGCAUAUGGAGCAGGUGCCUUUGUUUGGAGUUCCAAGGCCUUGGUUUCUGAAAUUAAAGCAUCACAGAAAGAGGUGGAGAGGGCACUUCAAGAACAAAGGCCGACUUCCUUUCAGGGUAGAUUAUUAAAACACAAUCUUGAUUCUGAAGUUGUCGAUGCUCUCAAGGAUCUAAGGAAGAAGCUAGCAGAGAAUGAGUCGAAAAGCAGGUGA